AUGGCGUACCUCGGCGACUUGGGUGUCAACAUCGAGAAUGCCGAGCUGCUGGUCGUGAUGGAACUUCUUCAGGCACCUUCUGUUGGAGAGAUUACUAGAAAAGGCUUCGUCGAUGGCUGGAAGGCGUCUGGUGCUGCGACGCGUCAAGCGCACGUCUCUCACAUCAAGUCGCUGGUUAGCAGUCUUUCAACUGACCCUGCUUACUUCAGAAAGGUGUACCGGCACACCUUCGUUGCCAGCAAGGAGCCGACCCAGAAAGCACUCAACCUUGAGAUUGCUACAGUCUACUGGAACGUUCUCUUUUCGCCACCCGGUUGGGAGUGGAAGACGAAGAACCAGGACUGGCUGCAGCUGUGGUUGAAGUUCCUCGAAGAGAAGUGGACUAGAUCGGUUAACCGCGAUAUGUGGAACCAGAUUCUCGAAUUCGCGACCAAGUCCAUGGCAGAUGAGACAUUGUCUUUCUGGAACGAGGAUGGAGCAUGGCCCAGUGUGAUUGAUGACUUCGUGGCUUGGUGCAAAGAGAGAGGGAUUGGCAAGUCCGAGACAAUGGACUUGGACGCCUGA